AUGAGUAAGUAUAAUACAGUGCUCAGUUAUGUAUUGGGUAAAAAUACCACGUUUAGAGGGAAAAUAUAUGACAGAUUUCCAAAGGUUUACAAUAUUAUUGUCAUUGGUUUCGUGGCAAGCAUUUCAGGUCUGAUGUUUGGGUUCGAUAUAUCUUCUAUGUCAUCCAUGAUUGGUACACAGGCUUAUAAAACAUAUUUCCAUAAUCCAGACUCUACCAGACAAGGUGGUAUAACAUCUGCAAUGGCAGGUGGAUCAGUUUUGGGCUCCAUUCUAUCUCCAAUUUACUCUGACGCCUAUGGUAGAAGAGUGUCUCUUCAUGUUUGUGCUGUCCUCUGGCUUAUUGGUUCAACACUACAAUGUGCUGCUCAAGAUGUUGCUAUGCUAGUAGUAGGCAGAUUAAUUGCUGGUAUUGGUAUAGGUUUUGGUGUUGGCACUGCUCCAGUUUAUUGUGCUGAAAUUGCGCCACCAAAAAUCAGAGGUGCCAUUGCCGGUAUUUUCCAACUAUCAGUUGUUUUAGGUAUUUUAAUACUAUAUUACAUUGGAUAUGGGGCUCAUUUUAUUCAAUCCACCGCAGCUUUCAGAGUUACUUGGGGUAUUGAACUUGCUCCAGGUUUAGCAUUAUUGGUAUGUACUUUUUUCCUGCCAGAAUCACCAAGAUGGUUGGCUAACAAAAAUAGAUGGGAAGAAGCUACUUUUAACAUUUGUAAAAUGAAUCAUACCAGCCCUGAAAAUAUCUCUGAAGAAGUUGCAAUUCAACUACAAGCAAUGAAGGAUCAAGUAAUGAAUGACAAAGAGGCCGCAAACUUCACAUAUCGUGAUAUGCUAAGAAAAAAGACAAUCAGAAAAACUAUUGUUGGUAUGUCAGCACACAUGUGGCAACAAUUAUCUGGUAUUAAUGUUAUGAAUUAUUAUGUGGUCUAUAUCUUCGAAAUGGCUGGUUAUCGUGGUGAUGCUGCUUUAAUUGCUGGGUCUAUUCAUUACUGUCUGAAUGUUGGUAUGACAGUAAUUUCUUUAUUUAUCAUUGAUAGAGUUGGUAGAAGGCCACUUUUACUUAUUGGCGGGCCAUUAAUGUUUACGUGGCUUUUUGCUGUAGCUGGUACCUUGGCAGUCCACUCGGUGCCUGUUCCUGGAGGUGUAAAUGGAAACCCAACUGUCAGUAUCAGUAUCCCUGAAGAUGACAAAUCUGCCGCUAAAGGUGUAAUUGCUUGUUGCUUUUUAUUUGUUGCUACAUUUGCAGUGACAUGGGGUACUGGUGUGUGGGUCUAUAGUACAGAAAUAUAUAAUAACCUUGAAAGAGCAAAGGGUGGCUCAUUGUCUGCUUCUAUGAAUAUGUUGUUCAAUUUCUCAAUUGGUUUAUUUGUUCCUCCAGCAUUUAGAAGUAUUACAUGGAAAACAUAUAUUAUAUUUGGGGUCUUCACAGUUGUUGGCACCAUUCAUGCAUUUUUCAUGUUCCCUGAAACCAAGGGUAAGACAUUAGAAGAAAUUGAUCAAAUGUGGGCCGCAAAUAUCCCAGCCUGGAGAUCAGCUUCAUGGAGGCCACCAUCACAAAUCGAUGUUGACCUCACAUCUCAUGUAUUGGAUGAAAGUUCCUCUGAGAUUAUAGAAGACGACAACAAGGAAACCGACAAACCUAUGGUAACUCAUAUUGAAGAUACAGAAUUGGGCAGUAGCUCCUUCUAA